AUUUGCUCGUAGUACUAGAAUGCAUAGAGUCGCGUGUUUACUUUGAAGUUUUCCAGUUUUCCCUUAAAAAAUGCCUCCUCCAAAGGUAAAACUGCACAAAUCUAGUGGAAAAGUAAAAACGCUGGUGCCUUUGAAACCAGCCGAAGAGACAUCAUCAGAAAAUAACACUGAAUUGGAGCUCUGUUGGUGCAUUCAGAAACUCGAAUUGUCCUUAUCCUCAGCAAAAUUAUCGGAAAAGCAAGCUUUUGACACUGAGAAGGCACUUAAGAUUCUGAAAGGAGCCAAUCAACCAUUGGUAAAGAAAAGGCAAAUUAUGAGAAUGACUUUUGGUGAUUAUAGAUCUCAAAUGGCAGCAGAAGAGAAACAAUUGUCUUUAGCUCCUCGGAGUAUAAAAUUUACAGCCCCAAAAGAGCAAAAAAGCAUCGGAAAGUCUUAUUUUGUAAAGAAAUCUGCCUUCAUAAACUCAGAGAAUAAUUUCAAGUUUCAUUUCAAAGUAAACAACGAUCAGGAAAAUGAGGUGACAACAAGUGUGCACGAGAAUACCGUGAACAACGCAGAAACUAAAUUCACUCCUACAGACAACUCCUUUAGGUUCAAUUUUCAUAUUGAUAAGGAAAUAGCAGAAUAAAUAUCUCAUAUUUUAGAGAA